AAUGUGGCGGGAGACACCCUGAGACUCGACGAGACUGUAGUGAACCGCAUCGCUGCGGGAGAAAUAAUUCAGUGGCCUGCCAACGCCAUUAAAGAGAUGACUCUAGAUACAAAGGCCACAAAUAUCCAGAUAACACUGAAAGAGGGUGGACUGGAGCUCAUCCUUAUCCAGGACAAAGGCACUGGCAUCAGGGAAGGGAACUUGACUGGUCUACCGAUGUUGCUCAACAAUUACACUCCUGCCAUGGAGGGUCUUCCAAUGUUCAUUCUGCGUUUAGCCACCGAGGUGAACUGGGAUCGAGAGGAGUGUUUCCAUGACUUCAGUGUAGAAUGCAAUCACUUCUAUUCCAUAAGGAAACAGUACAAAUUGAAGACAGACGCAGAAGAGCCCCAGGAUGUGAAGAUGAGCUGGCAGUGGAAGGUUUUCAAAGCUUCAGUCCUUCAAAACACUUCAGUGAAGACGAAAGUGUCCUCCAAAUCGCCAGCCUGCCUGAACUCUACAAACUGUUUGAAAGAUGCUGAAAUUCAGUACUUUUUAUGUAGAGUUUAAAGGUUAGCUCUCCCAAAAAUUAAUAUGUUCUCAUCCUUUUCUCACCCUCAUGCUAUCCCAGAUGUGUAUAACUUUUUCUUCUGUAGAACACAAAGAUUUUUAGAAGAAUAUCUCAGCUCUGUUGGUCCUUAAAAUGCAAGUGAAUGGUGACCAGACAUUUUCAAGCUCCAAAAAGCACAAAGGCAGCAUAAAAGUAAUCCAUAUGACUAUCAGAUAUCUUCAGAAGUAAUAUAAUAGUUGUGGGUGAGAAAUAGAUACAUUUGUAAGUAAUUUUUUAUUUAUUUAAAUCUUCACUUGUUUUUUAACACUCCACAUUCUGAAUGGGAAAGUGGAGAUUUAUAGUAGAAAGGACUGAACUAUUGAUUUGUUUCUCACCCAAAGCGAUUGCAUUGCUUCUGGAAUCGAAUGGAUUAUUUUAUGCUGCCUUUAUGUCCUUUAUGUUUUGAUCACCAUUCACUUGCAUUAUAUGGACCUACAGAGCUGAGAUAUUCUUCGAAAGAUCUUUCUGUUCAGCAGAAUAAAGUCACACAUUUGGGAUGGUAUGAAAUUGAGUAAAUAAGAGAAUUUACAUUUUUGGGGUAAACUAUUUCUUUAAAUGCUAUACUAUGAAAAAUGUCAGACUGAAUUAAAAUGCACUUUUAUGUUGUUAAACAUACUGUCAUUACCCGUUGCAGUGCAGACAAGGUCUCGUAUGGCCAGCAAACAUUAAACUGCGAAUUUGCAGAUAUUUGUCCUCCAGAUUAAUAAGGAAAGUGACUGUAUCAAACUGUUUGUGAAAUUAAUAAACAUAAAUUGUUAUAUUAUUGACCACUGACUGAGCUGCCAACCCAUAUAAAUGUUUCUCCAUGAUUCAAUGACAGCAUAAAAAAAUGUCAGAUGCACCAGUUAACCCAUUGAGACUAAUUUUCACAAAGCACUUCCCUUAUCAGACUCGUAACGAAUUGUUUUACAAACCAAGAUGCCAAAUAAAAUGCUUAAGUACACAAAAUCCUGUUUGAAAGUAAAACUUAUAAUUUCUGCACC